GUUCCGUAGAACAGUUGACAGUGAAAGAACAGUUAGCUUGUUGGCUAGCUAGCACAAUUCUCUCUGUAGAUUAAGCAUAUCAAGUAAACAGUUAUUAAAAUAACUUGAAGUAGAGCUUUAUCUUAGAACAUUGCUUUUUGAAUACGUAUGGGACAAAAGCUGAUGCGCUGUGUGUCGAACUUGCAGGCUAGACACUGUCCAUAGUCUACUACUAGCUAGCUAGCUAAGACAAACAAUAACAAACUCACCGGGCACUGAGCGUUUCGUUAGCUAGCUACCAGCUAGAACACAAUAUUGAAGUUGCUCUACUAUUUUUGUGUAUCUCCUUAAAUAAUGUACUUGUCUUGCAAUACUUGACUCAAUGUCAAUACUUUUACAGUCAGACUCAAUGAUGUGCUAUUGAAUCAGACAUGACUCCUUCUCAAAACCUAUGACCAACUGGGCAUCUCGCAAUAAGCAGGUCGAUCAGCGUUAUCACAAAUUGUAAUCCAUGCUUUCUGAUGAGCUUGACUCCAAACCUGAGCUGCUGGUUCAGUUCGUGCAGAACGCGGCCAUCCCUCUCGGGCAGGGUCUCGAAGAUUUAGAACCCAAACACACCUGCCUUCCACUGCUGGCUCCCAACAGCAGCUCCCUGUGCAGCCCCCUUGAGCUAACAGAGGGUGGUCUUAGCCAUGCGUCUGCAAGGUCCCCGCCUUUGUCAGAGUUCGGGGGUGCUGAGCAGAGCCCCCUGGUCCAGACACACCCCCUCCCCCGGGGGUCACCUAGCCCCCCACACGUCCUCCACGACCUGCAGCAGUCAGACAGCACCUCCUACGUCCUGCUCAACCUCGCGAAAGGCCUGGCAGCCUCCUCUGAAUCCUUGAUCUUCUCUGCCGAUGGUGCGGAUGAGGAGGAGGAGGUGGUCUCGUCGGGGGACUACGGGGUGGAUGGCAGCGCCCCCUGGUACCUGCGGGUGCAGGAGCUGGCACACGACAGCCUGAUCGCUGCCACACGGGCACAGCUGGCCAAGGAUGCCAAGGCAAGCCAGGAUGCCAAGGCUGGUUGUGGCACUAACGGUGACAUCAUUCACAGUUUUCCGUCAGAGGAAGGUAAACGGGAGCUGUCGGCACGGACCAACCGAACGCUCUCCAAGCAAAUUCUGCGCUGCUCCUUUGAGGGCUGCUACAGGACCUUCACCUGGCCAGCCCACCUUAAGUACCACCUUAAAACACACAGAAAUGAUCGUACGUUUCGCUGUGGAGCGGAGGGUUGUGGGAAGAGCUUCUACGUGCUGCAGAGACUGCAGGUCCACAUGAGGACCCACAACGGAGACAAACCCUUCAUCUGCAAGGAGAAGAGCUGUGGCAAGAAGUUCACCACCGCGGGAAACCUCAAGAACCACAAACGCACGCACACAGGAGAGAAGCCUUUCUUGUGUGAAGCAGACGGCUGUGGGCGCUCCUUUGCUGAGUAUUCAAGUCUUCGCAAACACAUGCUCGUGCACUCAGGGGAGAAGCCCCACCAGUGUGGGAUCUGUGGAAAGACCUUCUCUCAGUCAGGCAGCAGGAACGUUCACAUGAGGAAGAGACAUGGAGAGGAGGCCCUGUGCAACGAGGGCAGAGACACAGGAGAGGCCUUGACCCACAGCAGUCUGCUAGAGGCAGACGGGGAGGCUGGCGACAACAUGGUCACCAUGACUACAGGGGUGGAACCCAUGAAUCUGCACCAUGCUAUGCUGAGAGCCCAAGGCUCAGCAGACUCCGUGGUGGUCCUCUCUCAAUCACAUGAUCUGGUGACCAUGACAACUGCCGGCCACUCGUAUGGCGAGGAUGUGGUGGCUCUGUUGUAGAUGUUGUCGUCCACUGUGACACUUGGUUGCACAUGUAGAACUCUACCGCUGGUGACAAGGUAGAGCUGACACGGAGCUGAGUGGUGUUCUGGAAGCAGAAUCCUUAAGACUAACCUGCAAAGUCCCAAACAAUUAUGAUAGUUAAUAAGGUAAUUUGUGUGAUUGACUGAUGCUAAAACACUCCCUGAACACCCACAUUCACAGCUGUCUAAUAUAGCCAACGUGUUUUGUUUAACACCCCCUCCCCUAGUUUCCUUAAUAAGCUUCCUCAAUUACUCCAUUCUCAGCUGUCAGCCCUGUAGAUAUGUAAUUAGCUGCCAACAAUGAUGUUUUGGUGGGAGAUGUGGGGAAAAGUCAAAAGUUUAUACAAGCCCACCUUUCUGUAGUUCAUAACUGAUAAAUAUCAAUUCACUUCCAAAGAAGUAGUGACACAGAUAUAAAAAGUUGAGUUUUAUUAAAACUGAAAGUAUAUGUAUAGAUGAAUGAUUUUAUUCAUUGUCUAUCAACUCUUAUGUGCAUUCUCCUGAGAGCAGUUCAUUCUGAAAAUGCUACCAAAUGUUUCAUAAGGCUCCUAAUUUUCCCUACACCUCAAAAACGGACCGAUAUAAUUAUUCAAUUACAAUAACAUUAAAUGUGCAAACACGUGCUGUUUCUGCAACCAGUACCAUUUGCUACCAACAAGUUAAACAUAAUUAUUGACUUACAAAAGACAUUAUGGAGACCAUAUUCAACAUUCGUGAUCUGCUAUUGAAAGUAAGGCUGAGCAGUUUA